AUGUCCGCUCUGGUAGAUGAGGCCGCGCGCAUUGCUCGCCAGUUCGAGUAUUCGCCGCAAGAAGUGCAGCGUGGAGUGAAGGAGUACAUCAGGGAGGUCGAAGAGGGAUUGUCCGAGGAGGGCACAACUUUGAGCCAGAUCCCGACCUUCGUGACGUCCGUUCCCAAUGGCACAGAAAAGGGCUUGUAUCUGGCUGUUGACCUCGGCGGCACAAACUUCCGAGUCUGCUCGAUCGAUUUGCACGGCAACCACACCUUCUCCCUCACACAGUCCAAGAUAAUGAUUCCCCGUGAGAUGAUGACGUCAGGAUCAGCAAAGGAGCUGUUCCUGUUCCUCGCGCGCCAGAUCGAGUCUUUCCUGCGCAUCCACCACAACGAGCACUUCGAGGCCCACCUCAAGCGGAAGAUCGCGGGUACAGCCAGGGAGGAGGAUUUGUUUGAUCUUGGAUUCACAUUCAGUUUCCCUGUGCGCCAGCUGGGAAUCAACAAGGGUACGCUCAUUCGCUGGACGAAGGGCUUUGACAUUCCCGACGCUGUAGGCCAGGAUGUUUGCGCGCUUUUGCAAGAUGCCAUCGACGAGCUGCAUCUUCCUGUGCGCGUGGCUGCACUUGUGAACGAUACCGUUGGUACGCUUAUGGCUCGUUCGUACACGUCGCCCGGCACCACCGGAACUUUCCUCGGUGCGAUCUUCGGAACAGGCACGAACGGUGCCUACGUCGAGAAGCUUGAUAGGAUUACCAAGAUGGCUAAGAUUGAGCACUCUAACUACGACAAGUCAACCGGUGAGAUGAUCAUCAACGCUGAGUGGGGUAGCUUCGACAACCACCUCAGCGUUCUACCCACCACGAAAUACGACCAGCAGCUGGAUGCCGACAGCAACAACCCUGGUAUCCAGAUGUUCGAGAAGCGUGUCUCGGGUAUGUUCUUGGGCGAAAUUUUGCGCCUAGCGUUGCUUGACCUGCACAAGUCUCAGGGUCUUUUCAAGCCCACUUCAGGGUCGGAUGUCUUUAUUCCCGAGUCCUCCUCUUUCUACAGACAAUGGGGUAUCGACACUAGUCUUCUGAGCAUUGUCGAAGCCGACAAGAGCAAGAACCACGAGCAGAUCAAGUCCGCGCUGAAGGACCACUUGAAGAUUGAGCGGGCGAGCGACAACGACUGCAAGGCAGUCCAGACCGUUGUCCACGCCAUCGGCAAGCGUGCGGCUCGCCUUGCUGCGGUCCCUAUUGCCGCCACCCUCCUUUCCACCGGCAAGCUGAAGGAAGACCUGGUAGACGUUGGUGUUGACGGCAGUCUGGUCGAGUUCUACCCCAACUUUGAGGGAUACCUGCGUGAAGCUCUGCGUGAGGUCCCUGAAGUCGGCGCAGCCGGCGACAAGAAGAUCCGCAUUGGUAUCUCAAAGGACGGUAGUGGAGUUGGUGCGGCUCUGAUAGCCCUUGUUGCGAGCAAAGAGGGCACAAAACCCCCUCUGUGA